GCGAGAGGUCUUGCUGGCGACAGGCUGGUGUGACGCUUUGCAUGUGAGUGUCAGAGGGAAGGCUGCUGGCACUGCUCAGACAGGAGGUGGUGAACGCUUGGAGGCUGGCCACGAUCACCUACACAGAAUCUGACGUCUAGGAUUCAGAGCCAGACGACCAACUCAGGGAGAACAAAAACUACAGGAAGAAGAAGAAGAAGAAGAAGAAGAAGAAGUCAGGACUGAGAGAGAAGAAGGCUGUCAAGCUGUCUGGGUGUGAGUGACCACCCUCUUUUGGAGCUGCUGACAAGCUGUCCUGCAGAGCUUCUGUCUGUUUUUACCAUCAGCAUUUCAAGAGGUCUAUGGUCCAGCGUUGAGCAGAGACCAUGUGGUGUUUGGAGCUGCUCUUAACACUGCUGUUGAUCAUCAACGAUGCCAGUUGCCAGUGGAACGUUUGGGUACCUCGGGACAUCUCGGCCAUGACAAACUCCUGCGUGGUCAUCCCAUGCACCUUCAUGUAUCCGUCUGGCGUCAGGCCAUACCGUGGCAUUCACGGUAUCUGGUACUUUGGCCAGCCCUACCCUCAACUCUUCCCUCCCGUAGUCUUCAAAACACGCACGGACGUUGUGCACGAGAGCUACAAGGGCCGCACCAAGCUGCUGGGUGACCUGCACCAGAGGAACUGCACUCUGCUCAUCAACAACAUUGGCACAGAACACUCAGGGAGAUAUUACUUUCGUGCUGACCUCGGUGGAGCCAACAUGUAUACAUAUCCAGACUUCGCUGAACUCAAAGUUCUUGAUCAACCCAACAUCGAUGUCCCAGAGGAGAUUGUCAGUGAUGAGAGUCUUGAGCUGACGUGUUAUGCUCCUGACAACUGCCCUGACAUGACUCCAGAAAUCCAGUGGAUGUACACCGACUACCUGCCCGACCCGGAGUUCUCUUCUGAUGUCCUGGAAGAGAGCAACACAGCAGUGCUCUCCAACACCCUCACCUUCACACCCAGACCCAUGCACAACGGACAGCUCCUGGGCUGCAGGGUCUACUACCCAAACACCACACUGGUCUAUGAGAGGCUCAUCUCUCUAGACAUCAAGUAUGCUCCACGCUCGGUGUGGGUGAAUGUGUCCUCAGAGGUGAUGGAGGGCAGCUCUGUGAUGCUGCACUGCGAGGUGGACAGCAACCCUCCUCCCAGGAUCUCCUGGAUGUUUGGAGACCAAGAGCUGGUGUGGGACACGGCGUCCAACAUAUCUCUCCCCCUGGACGAUGUGACGCCUGCACAGGAGGGAAUGUACACCUGCAUUGGGGACAACGGCUACGGCAUGAUGAACACUUCACUCUACCUGGCUGUCAAGUACCCUCCACGCGAGCCCAUCGUGAACAACUCUAUGACAGUACUAGAGGGCACCUCGCUGGCCCUGCACUGCAGCACCCAGGGCAGUCCGGCCCCAACCCUCACCUGGCUGAAAGACGGGGAGCUGGUGGGCACCAUCACUGCUAAUGAGCUGUCAGUGCUGGAGAUCUUUGAGAUCACGCCACAGAGAGACGGACAGUACCGCUGCCUGGCCGAGAACGAGCAUGGCCGAGCCAGCAGCUCCCUCAACAUCACUGUUGAGUAUGCCCCGGUGCUUCUGGAGGAGUCAAAGUGCACAGUGGUGAGGGAGGGUGUCCAGUGUGUCUGCAUGGCCACAGGAAACCCUGAGCCCACCAUUGAGUUCUACCUGCCCGACCUGAACGUCACCAUCAACGAAACAGACGGCCGGUACAACUUCUACACACACACAGACGGAUACACCUCCACAGGCAUGAUCAAGCUGCGGGAGAAAGGAGAGCGGGUCGACAACGGUGGCCCUGCCGUUAACGUCCACUGCAGCAUCUCCAACAUGUACGGAAGAGAGAGUGUACUUCUGGAGCUACAGCAGGAGAAAAAGUACAUGAUGGCAGUUAUAGUGGGCACCAUUGGAGGAGUGGCGGUCAUAGCCUUCAUCAUUGCAGCAGUGAGAUACGUUGGCCACAACAACAAGAAAGAGAAUGGCAACCCUAGGCAGGACGUGGUCCUGGAGAACCCAGCUUUGUACUACAGCGCAGUCAAGAAGGACAAACAAAAUCUGAGGAAGAAAGUGCUUAAGACAGAGCUGUUGGGCUCAAAGUUUAACUCCAUUCUAGAGGAGACUACGGGAGAAGACGGGGAUUAUCAACCUGUGGGCUCUAUGGCAGGACUGGAGAGGCAAGAGCUGAAUUACGCUGCUCUGGAGUUUAUCGGGGGCAGGUCCAGGGAGGGGGCCUCAGGGAGGGGGGAUGACGGCAGCAACUACACGGAAAUCAAAGCCAAAUGAAUCGCGAUCCUUCCCUGAUCCCUCGGCUAUGCGAGACGCAGUGGCAACCCCGUAUUACACACAUCUUCUGUCCCAUAAACUGUAUAAUAAUCCCCUGCCCCCUCCUCUGAUGGAUUUCUCUCUGCACAUGAUGACUUCUUAUUUCUCAUUUCUUCAGAUUUGUCUCAUAUAACGUACCACUUGAUUCCAGUACUUCCCCUCAUGCUGCCCCUCCUCCAUGGGAUUCCCCUUCAUACGCCACCAUCUGGCAAACCUGGUACUUUCUGGAUCAGUGCAUGAUCCAGUGGACAAUGUAAAAGAAGUUAUUUAAUUUUCUAGCCUCGGUUGUAAUACAUGGGCUCUAAAACAUGCAGUGUUAACAAGCGACCAUGUUUUCGUUGCUUUCUCCAUGUUCUUCAUUGUGAUUGUUGAUGUUAUUGUCAAAUGACAGACAUCGGAGUGCUUGCAUCCAUCUCACUAUUUGCUCUACAUCUGUCUCUUAUAACUGUCACUGUGUCUGCUGCCAGCCGAAGCAUCGGGGCAAGGAGUAACCGUGCUUUUUGUUCUAUUAUCUUUAUGCGUGUCUACUGAGAGCGAACCCUCUCCUCUCUUUCCUUUUGGUUAAUUACAUCCUAGGAAGAUAACCGACUGAGGCGGGAGAUGGAAACGCAUCUCAGAAUCUUGUUUCCACAUAAUUGUAUUUAAUGUGUGCUGUGACUCAGUAGCCUCUCAUAAUAAAUGAAAAAAAAAAGUUACCAUCACUUUUGAUAAUAAUUAAAGAGAUUUUGAAAAUUGAAGUGCUACACAGUCCGGUUCUGAAAAACGUCACAGUUUCUAUCCAGCAUCCAACUUUAGGAUGUGUUGAGAUUUUUUUGGGAAUUUCCUGCAGCGUGGCCAACGCAAAAUGUCUGUCUCCUUCUUUUCCUUAAGGCACGGGGCCUAGCUCUGUGAUUGAUCUGGAGAGAAAAAAAAAAACAGACCUAAAGCACAUUAUACUUGCACGUGAGCGGCCACAGUGUUAUCUCUCUUAGACAAUAUGUGCGUGUAUGCGUGUGUUUGUUCAUUUUGUGCUGAAGGAUCACAGGACACUGAUCUCUGGGGUCUUUGGGAAAUUCGAGCAUCGCUUCACCUGAGAAGCUGAUGAUUUUUUUUUUCUCGCGGGGUUGCAUCAGAUGUUUGAAUGCCAAAAAGUGAUGCUGACCUGUCAGCUGUGUGGGCAAUUCAAAGACAUUUGAUCGACCCAUGAUGUAAUAUCAAAGCUCACUAAUAGUCUAACUUGAUAAAGAUGGUGUCAAUAAUAUAUUAAUCAAAUGUGUACUGAGAGGGAAAGGGACACUAGUAUGCACAGUAAAUACCGUGCACAGUAAAUACCCCGCACAAGUCUUUUGCCACUAUAAUGAAAUGUCAGUGUGGCAAAUUUGAAACAGUCUUGCCACACAUCAUUCAACCACUCUGACUGAACAGUGUCUUUAUAUGAGCUUAGAAAACACUACCCAGCUUCUAACUAGUGUGCACUGUAGUCAAAUGAGAGUGUGUUUACAUGCAGGGAGUAACCUUGUUAUUCACUGUGACUGCAGUUGAUUUAAAGUAUAAGUCCUGCUCUGUUAAUCUAUGUUUUCUACUAAUCAUUAAAGGUGUACCCAAGCAAUUUAUUAUUGCACUUCCAUUAAGUUGGAUGACUCACAGGAGACAGAUUUUUAAUUUUUAGCCCAGAAGACCUUGCUCUUAGUCUCUUGUAUGGGGAUAAACUCCAACAACGCUGGAUCCCACAUUUACCCAUAUUGCAGCCAAUAGUAUCUUUUCAUUAAACCCUCCCUGCUAGGUAAACUUCUAUGUUUUCAAACUCCAUGCACCUAGUUUUUAACUCUGCUGUCUGUUAUAAAUUUGUGGUCUCCAAGCUCAGAUCUAGAUAACCAUAAUGACAUCGCCAGGGUUUAUUUUCUCAGACUUUAUAAAGCGACUCCAGGACCAGAGGCGCAGAGGAUGACCAGUAUUGCCCAUGACUGAUAUCUGACCUCUGUGUCAGCAGGUCAGUGGAGUCUACCUUUAAUAAACAUAAAGAGUCUAAACCCAGGGAGGAAGCUGUUGCUGUGCUUCUUCCACUUUUUGCCCACUUUUUAAAAAAAAAUCAUUUACUUGAUUGUGCUGAACAUCAAAUAUGCAUCUUGUCCACUGAUUUUCCCUCCACAACAUCGUCACACUGCAUGUAGUGAUGUUGACACAAGACUCAAGUGGAAAGUAAAAAUCUGUCGGGAGAUGUGCAGUCAACUCUGAAUGAAAUUGCUUUUGAUGCAUAUACCAUGACCAACGCUUUAUAAAUUUGUGUUAUGAAUCAAAAUUGAACAGUGGCUGCCUCAUUUAAAAUUAUAGAUUAAGUUCAUCAAGGCGGCAGCAUGUGUCUGUGAGCUGUUUCUAAGUGGGUUAACAAUCAGUGUGAUUUCAAAGUACAGCAAAGGCCUCUGAUUGUGGUAACUCCAUAUGGAGAUAAACUGUUCACGGGCAGAAAAGGCAACAUGAAAACAACAAAAUGACAUCAUAAAGAGUACUCAAAUUUAAGCUGUUCACAUGAACCCCAAAGGAUCUCUCUGGUGAUAAGGAUACCUGUAUAUAGGAUACUUUUUUCUGACGUUAAACCACACCCAUAAUGCAGUGUCGCGUCGGUCUGAGUGUGUAAAUUAGAAGGGAACGAGCUCAGAUGUCUCUUACAAUAUUGCUCAUCAAUGUUACACUGUAUAUGAUAAUGUUAUAUGCUUUGUAAUAUUUUUUUUUUAACCUGCAGCUGAGUGAAGACACCGCCGUCACUAUUUGUAACUGGUGACUUGUUGCAUGUUUCCAUUCUUAAACCUUUUUUUUCUCUUUAUUGGCACAUCUUUGGAAAGAAUCACUUUUUUUUUAUUCAGCACAGAAUUCAUCUUUGAAAUAAACACGGAGAGUGCAGACAGUCAACACUGUGACAAAUAUGACUGAAAAUGUCAGAAUUAAAAAGGUCGGUCAAUCUGAGUAGGUCAACAAAAUGUAUUGAUAUGCAACAUGAAAAGCUAGGUGCUGGAGUUUUUGAGCGUUUUUUUUUUUUACACACUCCAAGUCAAACCUGAUUAAAAAUGCAGUUUUCUACUUAUGUAUACAAACACUUGUACAAGUUGACACCAGUGUCAACUGGCUAUUUGAUUAAUUUUAAGCUCUUAUUAAGACACUGUUCUACUGACUUGAUGUUGGGGGGGGUUAGAUACAGUAUGGCUGGCUAGCAUUGCUAAAUUGCCUGUAUGCAAAUUCAGUAAAAAGUUACUGUCUUUUAAACGCCUCAUUUAAAAACAAAAAAAAAAAAGUAGAAAUAUCAAGUCUAUCCUAAUCUUUUGCCAGUGUGUUGUAAAGCAAAGCUGUAUGUACUAUAC